UGCAACGUCUACAUGCAAGUCGACUGUCCCAUGUACCUGACGUGCCCCAGUCUUACUGGCUCGCUAAGGAAAGAAACCAUGUCGGGUUUGGGCAUGUGAUGCACGCGCACAGCUUACGAGGAGUGUGGGACCACGCUGACGGCAUUCAGCCUUAAGGAGGAGAUUAUGAUAACAUCUGCCAAGAUGCAGCCCUCUUACGAGCUGCAACAAGAAGUUGAGGACGCGGACUUCCUGCAGCAUCGGCAAGAGGAGAAGGCGUUUCGCCGCUUCAUUCUCAAGCGUCACGUAGUCACCUUCACGUCAGCUGUUUCGGCUAGGAUGGUAUCUGGGGUCUCUCGCAACGGGCGCGACAAGGACGCCUCUGGCAUUAAGAACUUCCUGCAGAACCCAGGCAACCGCGCAAAGGUGGACAGCUUCAUGCAGGCGACGAACCUGAGCGGCGAUUCCAAUACGUUUGCGGACGUUCUGGACGGGAACUACGAUUCGCGGAAUGACGAUUUGCACAACACGACGGACGCGUUCCUUGAGGAGUCCGCAGCGCAGCUGAAAAGGAUGGGCGCUGUGCGAUUGCUACGCGAGGAGAUGCCUUGGCAGUGCGCCCUUAUUGAGCACUUUGAGUACGUCAAGAAUCACCUGUUUGCUUAAGAACUCACAACCCUUCAGUCACGUACCCGGCUGCCGGCAGGCGAAGACGACCAGCAGCAGGCGAAAGCGACCACAGCGGCGGUGUGGGCGCAGUAAGAUGUGGCGGGGUGUUGGCUGGUGCGGUUUCGAGGGAAGGUUUUGGGCGGAGGCUUGGUGCUGGGAGCUGUUGUAGAAGAGUGGGAGGCGUUCGUCGGGUGAUCUUGGUGCUUAUACACUCACGAGAAAACGAUAGCUGCCUCCUGUGGGUGAGCGGGUUAAGUUUUGGGUAAGCAGUAGUGGCGGUAAAUGUGGACGUGAAACGUGUGUGGGGGUAUUGAGACUGUCCACGUGUGGGUAUGGGAAGAUUAACAGCGCUUAUUUCAGGCGUACUGAGCCCAUCCAAAGCAUAGAUUGGGAAGGCAGGGACUCUGCGCGCCAGAUGCGUGCAGUGUAGUUUGGGCGAUGAUAACGUUCAGUUUAAACAGUGCUCUAGGACCGUAUACCGGUAAUAAGCGCCAUAUCCCAUUGGGUGGCAGAGAUGGACACAGAACUUAAGCUUGUAAACGUUUGGGAAACGUCGCUCUUCAGGCAUUCCUACGUCGGGCGUACUCCUUGCGCCUGUUGAAUGAGUGAACGGCCGUUAAUGUAAGUUCACGUGCAUAGUGCUGAGCCCUGUUUGGUUAAUAGCGUUUGGGUUUGGAUACCCUCGAAGUUGUCGUACAACAGGCAUGCCUGUGCUUACUAAUGUAGGUUGCAGCCCUGCGAGGGGAUGCGAUGCGUUCGACGUUGAGAACGUGGCCCAGUUUGUUGAUAUGGUUCUCCUGGCGUAAGGUUACAGCUGUCAUUGUCUGUACGUUUGGAUGGGGUGGUGUCAAAGAAAGGCAAGCCUCUACGCUUGAUCUUGCAAUGGCUGGAGGGGAGGAGGGACGGUGUGUUCUGUAGGUUUUAUUUGUAUGGAGUGCAACAGGUGCUAAGUUGUUGAACCUGCGACAUAGCCCUUACACAGCAAGGAUGGUGCGCCCCAGGACCUCCGAGGGCUCUGCGGGCUGUAACCCACCUCCUUGACACAGCCUGUGCACCUCCGAUCAUCUUUGUCG